GCCGCAGCAGCAGUAAACACUCCCACCAACAAGUGGUGCCGGAUUUUUGUCAGUCUCCUCUCUUCCUCACGCUGCCUAUACCCAACAUUACAAUACAGGCACAGCCUCCUCUCGUCUCUUCGCCUCGCUUGUAGCACCAGCAGUUUCAUUUUCGCACCCUCCUGUACCUCCGACCCCUCCUGAAUUCCGACCUGAAUCCAGCUCCCCCCACGCCGUCGGCGUCGCCUUCUUCAGGAAUAUUUGGUUUCUUGACCGAAACCCUGGCGGUGGAAGAUGGAUGCCAACAAGGACAAAGGGAAUGACAAGAUGCAUUUGCGAGAUUGGUCGUCCCAGGAGGCUCUGCGCACAUACAAGAGACGCCGUCAGCCAGAGCCUGAGCCUGAGCCCAAGCCCGUGGAUGUGCCGGAGCAGCAGGUUACUGAUACUUUCUGGAAAAGUAGGGAUAUUGGAUGGAAGCACGGGAUAAUGAUUGAUGAAAACAGACAACACUGGAAGUGUAUGUAUUGUCACCUGACUAGGUAUGGUGGUGGUGUGUCUAGACUCAAACGGCAUCUUGCUGGUGAUUUGGAUGUCAAAAUGUGCCCAAAGGUUCCAGCAGACGUUGCUGAAAAUAUUAGGGAGCAUUUGCAGAAGAAAAGAGAGAGACGAAAGACGCGAGCUGCACAGAAUGGUGUCAACAGUGUGACCAGGAGCUCUGCUGAUGAUACCAAGGCUGAGAAGGAUCCUUUACCUGUUGACUUAGAGCCUCCCUUGUUGCUACGAGGGGUAAGGGAUAUUGGGUGGGAGCAUGCAGUGGAUCUUGAUGGAAAUAAAAAACGGUGGCAGUGCAAGUGGUGUGAUUUAUGUCGAAGUGGUGGGGUAACUACAUUGAAGGCUCAUCUUACUGACAGCAGCUGCCCGAAAAUUCCAAUGGAAAUGUCAAAGCAAGUGUUGCACUUCGUUGAAGAGAAAAGAGCAGCACGCCAACUUUUUAAUAGGGACCCAUGGCCCCCUUACAAGAAAAUUGAUGGGGUUAGUCUUUUUUGCUCAGAAGUGAAAGAGGAGGGGACUGUAUCAUAUAAGAAUGGUCAGCAACCUUCAAAUAAUGGUAUGCAUAUGCAAACAUCAGGGAAUUGCACUAUUGACGAGUUGGCAGCUCGAAGCAACCAAUGUGGUACAGAACAUAGUGGCCAACCAGUUGAGGAUUAUGAGCAGUCAAAGAAAGGCAGUGAUUGGGCAGAGGAGCAGUUGCCAAUCGAGAAUGGCAAGCACCAUGUACUAAAUAAUGAGCACCACAUUGUUGACAAGAACAAUGGGAAUCCACAAAAUAGAGAGAAGUUGAACUUAGAGUGUGAUAACUCAAUACAAGGUGCCGUAACUACAUUGAAGGCUCAUCUUACUGGAUCAGAAGAGGAAGGGACUGUACCAUGUAAGAAUGAUCAGCAACCUUCAAAUAAUGAUAUGCAUAUGCAAACAUCGGAGAAGUGCGCUAUUGAUGAGAAGUUGGCAGCUCGAAGCAACCAAUGCGGUAAACAUCAUUGUGGACAACCAGUUGAGAAUUAUGAACAGUCAAAGAUAUGCAGCGAUUGGCCCGAGGAGCAGUUACCAAUGGAGCAUGAAAAGCAUCAUGUACUAAAUAAUGAGCACCAGAUUGUGGACAAGACCACUGAGAAUUCACAAAACAAACAGGGUGGCGCAACUACAGCGAAGGAUCAUCUUACUGAUAGCAGCUGCCCAAAAAUUCCAGUGGAAAUGCCAAAGAAAGUAUUGAACAUCGUUGAGGAGAGAAGAGCAUCACACCAUCUUUUGAAUAGUGAAAAAAUUGAUUGGUGUAGUGUUUCUCGCUUAGAAUCAGAACAGGAAGGGACUGUACGAUGUAAUAAUGAUCAGGAACCUUCAAAUGCCAUGCAUAUGCAAACAUCAGAGAAGUGUGCUGUUGAUGAGAUAUUGAAACAUCCUCGGAAGACCAGGUUUAACUUACGGAAACAUAUUGUUAUCAUUGAUGAAAUUGCAAGGCAUUGGAGGUGUAGGUACUGUGGUAUGGAUGGACAUGGCAAAACAUCUAGGCUCCAUUAUCAUCUUGCUGGCGUCUUUCGUCAUCCUAAGUGCACAAGUGUCCCUAAAGAAGUUUUUGCAAAGGCAAAACACCAUAUUCUAAUAAAGAGAAGGCCCGGGAUGAAAAAGACUGGGCAGCAAGCUCCUCCAGAGCCACAAAUUCUUGUGCAAUCCAGUGUAAUACUGGAGAACAAUGAUCCAGCAUUUAGCAAUCUUCCACAAUUGCCAAUAAAUGGUUUGUCGAGCGAGGCGCGUUCCAGUUACCCGACAAGGUUAAGGGACAAUGCAUGGGAACAUUCACUGGUUUAUGACAGAGAAAAAGGACAUUGGAAGUGCAAGUGGUGCAGCUUAGAGGGUUAUCAUGGUGUAACUAGAUUAAAGUGGCAUCUUGUUGGCUGGCAAAAUCAUCCUCGAUGCUGUAAAAUUCCAGAAGAUGCCGCUAAGAGGGUUAGAGACCAAAUGAUAUCAAGGGAAAAGAAGAAAGUGAGAACAUCAGGUCCACAUGCCGGUAUUGACAGUGGUGACAUUCUUUGCUCUUCUAUGAGUUCACAAUUUGAUGAAGAGCAUUUCACUAUAGCUGUGCAGAAUAGUAGUUCUUCCCAAGCUUUUGAUGAAGCUAACAGAACAUCAAAUACAUGCAACACGUUAUCAAAUACUAUAUCCGGUUCUCAGCCACUCAUGGAGGGCCCUCAUGGAAUAUUAUAUAGUAACACAAACAAAUCUGAGAUGCUAUCUAGAAGAAGUGACUGUUGGAGUCACUGGAGAUAUGUUUUGAAUGGACUGAUGCAUUUGCAUGGUGUACAGGAGGGUGCUGGCAUCCAGAGUUGCAUCCGUGAUGUCCUCCACAGUUGCUCUAAAUUUGAAUCUCUCAGGGACAAAGUGGAAAUGGAUUCUGACAGAACAGUGUCAAGGAAUACGGGUAUUGCUGAGUGCAAGAACGUUCUUGUGGACAUUUUGAGAUCAGAGGAUUUUGCCUUGUUAUGCAAUGUUCUUCGCAAAACUGUGCAUCAAGAUGGGGAAAGGACUAAGUAUUUCGAUUUUGGUGUGAUUGACUCUAGAAUGAAAAAUGGAGAGUAUGGGUGUGCACCUGAAAUAUUCAAAGAUGAUUUAAAACUGUUAUGGGAAAAUCUUAAAAUGGCUGGCCAAGAUAUCAUUGACCUAGCAAAUAAUCUUUCAAGUCUCACAGAAGCCUCCUACACAAAUGAGGUUGGAAGACAAAGAGGAUCAUGUGAUUGUGAGGAGGAACUCAAGGGAGCUGUGUUGGGCAGCUCUGAACCCAAGAAAUUGGUCGAAUCAGCUCCAUCAGUACCCUCGACCUCACAGGGAUGCCAACCAUUGGACUAUCCAGAGCGAACAGAUGUUUCUGAUGUUCAAAAGGGCAGUGCCUGUGACCAAUGUGGCAAAGAGACGAGAGGUGUCAGCACCGUCAUAUGUAACGUAUGCAAGUUAGUGUGUCACAUGUCAUGCAUUGAUCCUCCGAUACCAUCCACGUCGACGGGAAGCUGGUAUUGCAAAGGCUGCAGCAGUACCACCUGCAACGAAUCAGCUCAAGGAGGUUAUGAACCGAAUAGCUUGCAUGGAAAUUGUGUCCUAUGCAAAAGACUUGAGGUGUGCAUGCCCCCAGAAUGCAAAGAACAGACACCUGUUGGUAAGUCAAGAGCAACUGUGCUUUCCAGUACUGAGGGUCGGGAACUGUCGAACAUUGACCCCGGUGGUUCAUGCAAGAUAUGUGGAACUCCUGAAGAGGAUGCCAAGAGAUUCCUCGUAUGUGGUCACAGCCACUGUCCAUACAAGUACUACCACAUUUGCUGUCUGAAGUCUAAACAGAUUGCUAGCGAUAUGCAGCGGGACAAACCGUGCUGGUACUGUCCAUCAUGCCUUUGUCGGGUUUGUCUAUCUGACAGAGAUGACGACCUGACCAUUCUGUGCGACGGCUGCGACGAGGCUUAUCAUCUGUACUGCAUAACACCUCGGCGUACUUGGAUACCCAAGGGGAAGUGGUAUUGCUCGCGUUGUAGCGUGGAGAGGGCAAAGGCGGGGAUGAGGCGGUAUGAGAAGAAGAUGCUGAAGCAGCAUCGCAAGGAUGAUGAUGCGAGGCUGGAAAGUAGGAAUUUUGCAGCGGUGGAUUUGCUGCUUUCUGCUGCAGAGAAGCUGAGGGAGGAUGAGCAACUGGUGGCUUGUGCAGAUUACUAGAGAAGGUAGAUACUAGUAGUAUAUCAUGGUGUGGCCUCGUUCUUCUUUUAGUUGUGUAACUGGACACACCCGAAAGUCUUGGUGUUUUCUUAUCGUCAGAAUCCCCACCAUCGGUUUUGGAUCAAGUUGCUUAGAACCAGAAUGGCAUGUGAUGCUUGACCAGCAGAGGACAUGUAUCCUGUAGGAAGUUGGUUAGUUGGGUUCACGACUUAUUUUGAGCUACACUAGAAUUUCUCAGCAGCAAAACUUGAAGAGAGCUUGGGUAUCCCUGUACAAUGUUAGUGUUGAAUGGAGUUUUUUCAAGGAUGAUCA